UGAAGAACACAAAGUGCUGACCUGCACUGCUUGCAGGUGCUUUCUCCUUGAUCUUGGAUCCUUCACUGUGAACCCUGAAGUUCUGAAGUCUGCCCGCUCCACUACCUGAAGGAAACCUGCCCCUGUAACUGUUCACUGUACAAGAAAGCAUUCCACAGUAGACAAAAGCUGAAGAGUAGGGCCUGAGUCACAGCACAACAUGGCAGAGGAUGAGUAUUGUGAAGUCCACCAGGAACCACUCUGUCUGUUCUGUGAUGAAGACCAAAUUACACUUUGCAACAAAUGCUUCCAGUCCCCGGAGCACCACCUUCACCUGGUCUAUGGAAUACAAGAGGCUGCUGAGAAGUCCAGGAAAUUGUUCCAGGAAAUACUGACUGCACUAAGGGAGAAGCUUGAAGUGGCCAGAAGUAUCCUGGCUGAUGAGCAAGAAAGAAUGAAGAUGAUUCAGGAAGAGGAGCAGAAUCUUAAAGAGAUAAUUGAGUCUGAAUAUGGGCUAAGGUUCCGAUUGUUGACUGAAGAGAAUGAGCUGAGCUUGCUGAGACUGCAAGGGUGCAAAUUUGACUUGAACUUGAGAAAAGCUAAGCAGAAUCAACAGAUUAGAUUUUCCACUGAGCUGGAGAAAUCCCAGGAAGCAUUACAGGCAUUAUUAUUACUGUUAAAACAUUACACAGUCUAUAUCAAUCAAUAUGAAAAAUCACAAAAUGGACAUAUAACUUUGGAUCCUGAAACAGCUCAUCCUUGCCUGGUCUUAUCCAAGAACCUGAAAAGUGUGAGACUCAGAAAUAUCCAGCAGGAUGUGCCUGGAAAGCCAUGGAAGUGUGACUUUAGUGCCACUGUGUGUGCUGCAGAGAGCUUUUCCUCAGGGAAGCACUACUGGGAGGUGAACGUGGCAAUGGCAUCCAGGUGGCAACUGGGUAUAUGCAGUGUUACAGACAGAAAGGGCAACAGGAUGGAAGCAUCUGGAAAUAAAGUCUUACUCAUGGGAUCCAUGAUGGGGACUGAUUACACCUCAUGGGUCUUUCCUCCUUUAAAAAAGAUUUACUUGGGGAAGCAAAUGCAUAGAGUUGGAGUCUUCCUGGACUACGAGUAUGGGCAGCUGUCAUUCUACGACGUGACAGAGAGCUCCCUCAUUUAUCAUUUCUCUCACCUCACCUUCCAAGGAAAUAUUAAGCCUGUGUUUGCUCUUUGUACUUCAAGUGGAGACUUGAAUUCAGAUUCUCUCACUGUCUGAAAUGUUUGCGGUGAACUCUUCAUCUCCUGCUAAAUAUAAGAUCACAGGAGAUCAGAAAACUAAGGGCAAAUCUCUAUGAAGUAAUUUAUCUAAAGUAAUUCAAUGUGAUACUCCAAAUCCCUGGCAUUGAUGUGGUUUCCAACACCUAUUUAAUGGAAGAGAUUGUAUUAUAAAUUAUAAUAACUCUAUACACUAAUUAGAACAACAAAUGCAUGCGCAUCAUGAACAGGAGAUAGUAGAGAAGAAAUAUUAAGAAUCUGAAGAUCUUAGUAUUAGCAGUGGGAAGGACUAUAGACAUAUUUCUGAAAACACAGGCAGACUUAAGUAUAUUCAGGACUGAAAAACAAGAUGCUAUGAGUGUAGCCAUCUAGGGCCAUACUGAAUGGAAGUGGUCACAUUGAAACAUCUUAUUGCUAACAGUGAGUUUCAAGGCUUCUUAGCACUUAUCCUUACGUGUAAAGAAGAGUAGCAAUCUCCCCGGAGAUUUUUAUCUGAUAGCAAGGUGGUGUCUCCCUCUGUAAAUACUCACGAAUACUCUGGUAGAUCAGGGAAGCUUUUGAAUAAAUAGACUAUCAUGGUGGAUCUAGAUAAUUAUAAUCUUGUUUAUUUGACUACUAGAGACACACCUUAAAUUGACCUCUUAAAAAUGUUAACAACUUCAAAAAUAUUUCUUUUCUCUUUUUUUUUAAACUUCUCAACUUUAUGUACCUCAAUUCCUGGUACCAGAAGAAACAAUAAAGUAAGAAAUAGACAAUGAUAGUUGGUGUGUUCAGUGGACCUAGCUUUUUGUGUGGCCUCCAAGUUUACAUUUCAAAAGGUAAAGAUAGGGAGGUGAUGUUGUAGACUAGAAGUAGUAGGAAGCAAACUUAGAUGAACCUUGUUUGUAGCCUCUUAAGUCACAGGCUAGCCUGCAUACUAUAGUUCAAGAUUACCAAUUAGAGGUUGUUUUAGGAAGAUGGCUUGUUCUUAACUGAAAGACAGGGUAGUUUGGCUGGAACAAUCAACCUCUU